AUCAAACUUCACAUAAGGCUCUCUCCCUCUCCCAACAUGGCGGCCUCAGCAAAAAAGAAGAAUAAGAAGGGGAAGACUAUCUCCCUAACAGAUUUCCUGGCUGAGGAUGGGGGGACUGGUGGAGGAAGCACCUAUGUCCCCAAACCAGUCAGCUGGGCUGAUGAAACAGAUGACCUGGAAGGAGAUGUUUCAACCACUUGGCACAGUAACGAUGAUGACGUGUAUAGGGCACCUCCAAUUGACCAUUCUAUCCUGCCCACUGCUCCACGGGCUGCUCGAGAACCCAAUAUCGACCGGAGCCGUCUUCCCAAAUCACCACCCUACACUGCUUUUCUAGGGAAUCUGCCCUACGAUGUGACAGAAGACUCCAUUAAGGAAUUCUUUAGAGGAUUAAAUAUCAGUGCAGUGCGCUUACCACGUGAACCCAGCAACCCAGAGAGAUUAAAAGGUUUUGGUUACGCUGAGUUUGAGGACCUGGAUUCUCUGCUCAGCGCCUUGAGCCUCAAUGAAGAGUCUCUAGGUAACAGGAGAAUUCGAGUGGAUGUUGCUGAUCAAGCACAGGAUAAAGACAGGGAUGAUCGUUCUUUUGGCCGAGAUAGAAAUCGGGACUCUGACAAAACAGAUACAGACUGGAGGGCCCGUCCAACCACAGACAGCUUUGAUGACUACCCGCCUAGAAGAGGUGAUGAUAGCUUUGGAGACAAGUACCGUGAUCGUUACGAUUCAGACCGGUAUCGUGACGGCUAUCGUGAUGGCUAUCGUGACGGUCCUCGCCGGAAUAUGGAUCGCUAUGGGGGCCGGGAUCGAUAUGAUGAUCGGGGCAGCAGAGACUAUGAUAGGGGCUAUGACUCCAGGAUAGGCAGUGGCAGAAGAGCGUUUGGUAGUGGGUACCGAAGGGAUGAUGACUACAGAGGAGGUGGGGACCGCUAUGAAGACCAAUACGACAGAAGGGACGAUCGGUCGUGGGGGUCCAGAGAUGAUUACUCUCCGGAUGAUUACAGGCGUGAUGAUAGAGGUCCCCCGCAAAGACCCAAACUGAAUCUAAAGCCUCAGAGUGCUCCUAAGGAAGAUGAUUCCUCUGCUAGCACCUCCCAGUCCAGUCGAGCGGCAUCCAUCUUUGGAGGGGCAAAGCCUGUUGACACAGCCGCUAGAGAACGAGAAGUAGAAGAACGGCUACAGAAGGAACAGGAGAAAUUACAGCGUCAGCUGGAUGAGCCAAAACUAGAACGACGGCCUCGGGAGAGACACCCAAGCUGGCGUAGUGAAGAAACUCAGGAGCGGGAACGGUCAAGGACGGGAAGUGAGUCAUCGCAGACUGGGACCUCAGCCACAUCUGGCAGAAAUGCACGAAGGAGAGAGAGUGAAAAGUCUCUGGAAAAUGAAAUAUUCAGUAAGGAGGAAGAUUGUCAGUCUCCAACUUCUAAGCCUCCCAAACCUGAUCAACCUCUAAAGGUAAUGCCAGCCCCUCCACCAAAGGAGAAUGCUUUGAAGCGAAGCUCUAAUCCUCCUGCUCGAUCUCGGAGCUCAGACACAGAGCAGCAAUCCCCUACAAGUGUUGGGGGGAAAGUAGCUGCAGCUCAACCAUCUGAAGAAGAACCAUCAAGGAAAGAUGAAAAUAAAGUAGAUGGGUUAAGUGUCCCAAAAGGCCAAAGUGGGAACUCCAGCCGUGGUCCAGGAGAUAGAGGGAACAGAGACCACUGGAAGGAGUCUGAUAGGAAAGAUGGCAAAAAGGAUCAAGACUCUAGAUCUGCACCUGAGCCAAAGAAACCUGAAGAAAAUCCAGCCUCUAAAUUCAGUUCUGCAAGCAAGUAUGCUGCUCUCUCAGUUGAUGGUGAAGAUGAAAAUGAGGGAGAAUAUUAUGCCGAAUAGACCUCUAUGUCCUGUGCUUUCUCCUAGUCUCUCUCCACCCUUGAACAUUCAAGAGCAAAUCAAACCUCUGUCCAGACACGACAAAAUAAAACUCAUCAUCUCCUGGAAAAAAA